AUGGGGGCCAGGCACAUCAAGACUGCUGCCCUGACGGCCAACACGACGACAAAUCAGAAAGUCUCUGACAUCGUUAAGGGUGUUAUCGAAGACGUCAAGGUAAAUGGGGACAAGGCUGUUCGCUCUUAUUCUGAGAAGUUUGACAAGUGGUCACCGGAAUCCUUUAAGCUGUCCGACAGCCAAAUCCAGGACAUCAUCUCUAAAGUCUCUGCUCAAACAAUAGCAGAUAUCAAGGAAGCACAGAAGAAUAUCCGAACCUUUGCCGAAGCUCAAAGGGCCAGCAUCAAGGAUUUCGAAGUUGAGAUCCAACCAGGGGUAUUCUUGGGACAACGCAACAACCCAAUCAACAGGGCCGGGGCAUACAUCCCCGGUGGCCGCUAUCCUCUACUAGCUUCAGCCCACAUGACCAUUCUCACUGCAAAGGUGGCCGGGGUCAAGCAUGUGAUCGCAUGCACCCCCCCUAUCGCCGGGCAAAUUCCCCAUGCUACCAUCGCAGCAGCCCACUUCGCGGGCGCCGAUGAGAUAUUCCUGCUGGGUGGGACACAAGCUAUUGCAGCCAUGGCCCUCGGCACAGAGACCAUGGCGAAAGUCGACUUCAUCGCGGGACCAGGUAACGCCUUUGUUGCGGAAGCCAAGAAGCAACUGUUCGGCGAGAUAGGCAUCGACCUGCUCGCUGGACCCACAGAAGUGCUUAUCAUUGCCGACGAGCGCGCGGACUCUUUCACCGUUGCAACGGACCUGCUGUCACAGGCCGAACACGGACCAGACUCCCCGGCUGUCCUCAUUACGACGUCGGAAGAGGUGGGCCGGGAGACGAUACGCUAUGCCGGCGAGAUCUUGAAGAAGAUGCCAACAGCCGAGCUGGCGGGGACGUCGUGGAGGGACUAUGGCGAGGUGAUCGUGGUGGACAGCUUGGACGAGGCCUACGAGCUUGCCAAUGUGUACUCGAGCGAGCAUGUCCAGAUCCUAACGCAGAGACCGAGGGAGGCAUUGGAGAAGAUGAGGAAUUAUGGGGCGCUAUUUUUGGGAGAGAAGACAUGUGUGUCCUAUGGCGACAAGUGCAUCGGUACGAACCACGUACUACCCACUCGGAAGGCUGGACGAUACACAGGUGGUCUUUGGGUAGGCAAAUACCUCAAGACACAGACAUAUCAGGAGGUAGUAGAUGAGAAGGCAUCUGGUGAGAUCGGGCGUCUUUGCGGUCGAUGUUCUCGGGCCGAGAAUUUUGAGGGGCAUGCGAGGUCUGGUGAUUUGAGGGCGCACAAGUAUCUUAAAGAUGAGCAUGGGUGGAUUGACGAGGUUAAGAUCAAGGCUUCUCUGUGA